CUGAGAGCUCGAACAAUUCGCUUCAGUAAACGCGUGUUCCCCGCGAGGUAUAGACGUGGUAAAUUUUAUUGGGAUCGAGAAAUCUUCACCUGUCAAUAAGAACGCACGAAGAAUGAGAACAAUAACUGAGAAGAAAAUUUAAUCGGAAAACAAAGAAACUUUGUCGUCAGCUGUCAAAACGUCGAUAUCGACAUUCUUCACUGAAAAUAAAUCAAUAGAAAAGCGAUAAAUUCACAAGGGUUCGUGCGCUACCGAAAUUCAUUGGAUUAGCCAUAAAAUUUUGGAAAAUCACAAGUUACUGGGUCGCGGCGACAGAGAAGGAAAAUUGCAUCGUAUUGGCCGCGAAAAGUGUGCGGUCGAUAAUUCUCUCCGGUGGUCCUGUACCACGUGGUCGAAGGUCACGCAGUUUUGCUAAACGUGCUGAUCAUACGUAUAUAUAGAGUCCGUUGGGGUCUCACCUCCCGACAAAGCGUCGAUACUCCUUGGCCUUGAAAAGCGAGAAAUCGCGGCGAGGAAGGCGAACAGAGAGAAAAGUGUGCGGACAAACCUCAGCACAAAACGAAACGGACGAUAGCAGUGGAGAAACUGCAAAAUAUUUUUUCUCCUCCCUUCUUCCGUCUGCCCUGCGUCCUCAAACGUAUCCCAUUCUGCUGAUCCGAGAAGUAGAAAAUAAAAAAUUGAACCAACAUUUUCUGAGGAGGGAUUCAAAUCAAAACACAAUGCCCGCAGACGCCGAACUGAGCAAUCUUCUCAACAGGAGACAGAGAAUCAACGACGAACUCGAAGAAGGCAAAGAAGUCAAAAAAGAAUAUAAAUUUGUCAACGUCUUCACCGAAUUUCACGAACUUACCAGGCGCGAAAUCAAACAGUACGAACAAACUUUCAACAGAUUCGACGAUGGCAAAGACGGCUUUUUGGACCUUGCUGAACUGAAGAGAAUGAUGGAAGUGCUGGGCGCACCUCAGACGCAUCUCGGUUUGAAAGCGAUGAUUCAGGAAGUCGACGAAGACGAUGACGGUCGCAUCUCAUUUCGAGAGUUCCUUUUGAUCUAUCGAAAAGCACGAGCUGGCGAAUUGGAGCAGGACUCAGGACUGGGACAAUUGGCACGUUUAACGGAAGUCGACGUCGAUGAAGUUGGAGUCACUGGCGCCAAACACUUUUUCGAAGCAAAAAUCGAGCAACUGCGUAAAGCGAAUAAAUUCGAGGACGAAAUUCGCGAGGAGCAAGAAGAGCGAAAGCGAGAAGAGGAGGAAAAAGCAGCGCGACGAGCGCAGUUCAGAGAGCGCGCAGCAAUAUUCGGAAAUAACUAAUAUUCUACGAAGAAAACAUUGUUUUAGACGUCGUUUCGUUGUUCCAGAGUCUUUUACGUGGUUUUAAAUUUAGAAUAAAUGUGAUUACGUCUAGCCUUAAAAUUGGACGUGUUUUCGACACGCUUUAGACCCGAGAAGUAUACAUUCGUUUUGGAGUUAUUGACAAAAAAAAAUGUAAAUUACAUGAGAAAUUUUACGUACCGUUAAUCGAGAAUGGCUCAAUUUUCAAAUUCUCACUGUUUUUUGAAUAUUUUUUAACGUAGUUGAUGAAAUUAGGUAACAAAAUAUUUGAGAUGUCUCGAAGACUAAAAAAUUGAGAUAAACACGCACGACUGAGCAUCAUUUAUCAUUUUAGAUUUUUCUUUAUCUAUGUCCUAUGAAAUAUUCGUCAUUUUAUAAAUGUGGUUUACGAAAAAAUAUAAAUGAAAAAGGAGAGAGAAAUUUUGACAUAAUUUUAAGCCUGCUGUCAUCUGUACAUAAUACUUUUUGUUAUUUUUUCUUCCUCCUUUGAUUUUAACUUUUUCGAGUAUUAUUUUAUUUUUAGUUAACAAGUGUAACUCAAAAAUGUACUAUUAUAUUAUAAAUAUUAUAUUUACACAUUUAAUGUUACAUCAGACAACCUACAACCUCUGUGUUUCCUGACUGUAUCGACGUGAUCAUCUACGAGUGCAAAUUAACACGCCAGAAUAAAUAUUAUUGUGACUAUAUAAAA